AUGCGUUUCGGUAAAACAAUACGUUUAAUGGGCUCCAUACUUUUCUCCAUCGGCACGGGUGGCCUUAAAGCUGUCAUUUGGACCGAUGUCAUUCAAACAGUGAUUAUGAUCGGUUCUAUUGUCUUUGUCAUAAUUAAGGGAACCAUUGAUGUUGGUGGUUUUGAUGUUGUAUUUGAGAGGAAUUGGAAUACUGGACGUAUUGAAUUACCAGAAAUGACUUGGGAUCCCACAGCUCGUACCUCCAUAUUGUCCAUGCUGUUGGGCACUACUUUGUGGUUUACCCAGGUUAGUUGCGGUAAUCAGGUGAUUGUGCAGCGUUAUUUGUCGGUACCCUCCGUAAAAGAGGCCAAACAGGCCUGUAUAAUUUAUACUUUGGGUGUAAUAUUGGUGCAUGUGUUCACUUUCUAUAAUGGUCUCUUGAUAUUUGCCAAUUAUUAUGAUUGUGAUCCUGUGACUACACAAUUAGCUAAAGCCAAGGAUCAAUUGGUGCCUUUGAUGGUUAUGAAAACCUUGGAAUUUUUACCCGGUAUGGCUGGCCUAUUUGUGGCUGGUGUCUUUAGUGCGGCUCUUAGUUCUCUAUCAACUGGUCUUAACUCAUUGGCUGCUGUAUUCUUGGAGGAUUAUAUUAAACCUUAUCGCAAGACGGCCUUGACUGAAAGUCAAACCGCCAUUAUAAUGCGUUUGAUCGUAGUGUUUGUGGGUGUGUUGAGUGUGGCUUUGGUGUUUGUGGUGGAAUAUUUAGGUCAUGCUGUUCUACAGUUAUCAGCCACUUUGUCUUCGGUGACCGGUGGUCCCUUGCUAAGUUUAUUCUUAAUGGGUCUUUUAAUGCCCUGGAUUAAUUCAAGGACUGCCAUUUCUGGUUGUGUAAUUUCCUUCGCUGUCAUGAGCUGGAUCUGUGUAAGAGGUCAAGUGGCCUUGGCUACGGGAGAAUUAGUUUAUGCUGAAAAACCUGUCUCCACUGAGGGAUGUACUUAUGAUUUUGAACCUUUGUAUACUUUAGCCAAUAAAACCAUUACAGAUACAGUAGAAACUAGUACAAAAACAUUUGCCCAGUACAUUUACACCAUGUCUUUCACCUAUUAUACCGCUGUUGGUUGUGCCGUCUCCAUGAUCUUUGCCCAUUUGGCCAUCUUUAUCUAUGGACACAAUGAUGUGUCUAAAAUGAAUCGUAAACUGUUUGCUCCCUGCAUACGUCGUUUCAUCAAAUCGAAAGAAUAUGAAACUGUCGAAAAAGAAGAAAAGCCUGUGAUUUAUUUUGAAAUGCGUUUUGGCAAGUCUAUACGUUACUUUUGUUCCAUACUCUUCACAGUGGGAACGAUCUUAUAUCUACCGGUAGCCAUGUAUGUGCCUGCUUUGACUUUUAGUCAAGUUAGUGGUCUGGGAGUGCACACCAUUACACCUGUGGUGUGUAUAGUGUGUACAUUUUACACCUGUGUGGGUGGCUUGAAAGCUGUGGUUUGGACCGAUGCUGUACAAAGUUUUGUUAUGUAUGGUACUAUUUUGACGAUUUGCAUUAAAGGUACUUUGGAUUUGGGUGGUUUGGUGGAAGUUGUAGAUAGAAACUUAGAGGGAGGACGUUUGAUAUUUCCCACAGCUUCCUGGGAUCCUACUGUGCGUUUGUCCUGGUCCGCCAUUUUAAUAGGCAGUGUUUUACAUAAGAUCCAAUCGAAUGAUGUUAAUCAAAUGUCUUUACAACGUUUCAUGUCUUUACCCGAUACGGGUAAAGUAAAGCAGUGUUUGAUUUUAUUCACCAUUUUACUGAUGUUUUUAUUGUUUUGUUGCUGUUAUAUGGGCCUAUUGACCUAUGCCACCUAUUAUGAUUGUGAUCCUUUAAGCACCAAGUUGGCCAAAGCUGAUGAUCAAUUGCCCACCAUAUUGGUAAUGCGUAUAUUGGGUUCGAUACCCGGUUUGCCAGGACUUUUUGUAGCCGGUGUCUUUAGUGCUGCUUUGAGCUCUUUGUCUACUGGUUUAAAUUCCAUGGCCUGUGUUAUUUCCGAGGAUUUGGUGAAACCUUUUGUUAACUUAAGUGAAAAACAAAAUGCUUUUCUCUUAAGAUUUAUAGUGGCAUUUUUUGGUUUAAGCUGUAUACCCAUGGUCUUGUUGGUGGAAAAGAUGGGCACCGUUUUGCAGCUGGCCACCAUGAUGGGUGCUGUGACCAUGGGCCCUAUAUUAGGCUUUUAUACUACCGGCAUUUGUAUGCCCUGGAUUAAUCAAAAGAGCUGUUUACUGGGUGGCCUAGUCUCCUUUAUAACCCUUGGCUGGAUUUGUAUACAGGCCCAAAUGGGUCAAAUGAGUGGUGAGAUAAGACAUCCCAAAUUGCCCAUUUCUGUAGAAGGCUGUACUUAUGGCUAUGAUAAUGCCACCUAUUGGGAGCGCCACAAUUAUACACCCUCUGAACGCAAUAUUUACCAUCUAUCCUUUAUGUGGUAUACCGGUAUGGGUGGCAUUAUUGGUUGUGUGGUAUCUAAUAUAGCGUGUUUAUUUUUUGGUCGCUCCAAAGCUGAAGAUAUUAAUCAUGAUCUCAUAUCGCCUGUGAUACGUAAAUAUUUCCCUGAAAUUCCCAAAGAAACUAUUGUUAUGACUGAUGUACAGGAUUUGAAAGAAAAAGAGCCUCUAUAUAGUGUAGAUUUCGAACAAGAUAUCGCUGUUAGAAAACAUUCUUUAGAUAAAGUAGAAUAAUAAAUAAAGCGAAAUGAACUUAAUGAAAAAUCUUAAAA